AUGACUGAGGAAACUCAGGCUUUAGCACUUACGAAUUGUUGUGGUGUGUUAGUGGACUCAUUUAAAAGUGGAUUGUUCGAUGAAAAUUUACAGGAGCAGCAAGAUGAGGUUCUGGCCCUGCAAGCAAUCUUUAACACUGAGGAUGAACAGAGGUUAAUGAUAUUAUCUGAGGUCAGCAAAGAUAAGGAGGGGUUAUUCUCACUACAGAUUACCAUCUGCCCUAAAGCAAAUGACCUGAUUCAAGUGAACCUAGUUCUGCCUUCUGGACAAGAGGAGGACGUAGCUGCUGCUUCUGCUGCUCCUGCCAAGGAGUUGAAUCCACCAGCACUAGGGCCCGAUGUCCCGUUGAACAGAUCUGUUUCUGGCUGGCAUUGGAGAGGGUCAUUUCCUGUGAAAUACUUAUCACCGCUGUAUCUGCAUUCCACGCUGCCACCAUCAUACCCAUCCCAGAAUCCUCCACAGUUUCACCUUUCUUGUGGUUGGCUCAGCAAGGACCAGCUGACCUCAUUAAGUCAUGAAAUGGAAAACUUGUGGGCAGAGGGCAGCCAGAUGCCCAUCUUGUUCACUUGGGUCAACUGGCUGGAGGACAAUGUUCUGAGACAUCUUGGAAUUACUGACCAGCUUGUGUUGCAGCCAUCUAUACCAGAUACGGAGGUCGAGGAGGAGACAAACAUAGUGCCCUAUAUUGAGAAUAUGAAUGAGGUUAUUGCUGAUAUGAUCCGGUAUAAUCGGCGGCAGUUGGACAUAGAAUUCUGCAAAAACCUGCAAGAGUGCCAUGUGUGUUACUGCGAGAAACCUGGUGAAAAAUUUUUCCGUUUGUUUGAGUGCAAGCAUCACUUCUGCCGGGACUGUAUGGCCGAUUUUUGCUUGAUGCAUGUUCAACAAGGCACAGUUGAAGCACUCAAAUGUCCUGACAGGGGAUGCAACACCAUCAUCCCUCCUUAUAUUGUUCAAGCAGUUAUGGGCCCUGAGGCAUACCAGAGAUGGGAACAGCUGCUGUUACAGAAAACCCUGGAUGCAAUGUCCGACACUGUUUACUGUCCACGAUGUAAUAGUUUAGUGAUUACAGAAGCUGAAGAGGAGCUUCAUUUAGCUCGUUGUCCACAGUGUUUCUUUGCAUUUUGUACGGAGUGCCAGCAGGGGUGGCAUCAGGGUCGGAAUUGUGUGUCAGAUGAACAGGUACUGGAAGAUAUUCAAAAGAAAGCCCCAACUGGAUUGAGCAGAGAGGAAGAAAAGAAAUAUCAGGAGCUGAAGAGAAAAGCUGAAGAAGAAAUGAAAAGCAGAAUGCUUAUGAAAAACAACAUAAGAAAUUGUCCUAAUUGCAGAAUACGUGUAGAAAAAGAUGGAGG